CGCGCACUGUGCUGCCUCCGGGGCUGGCAGGGCAGCGGCGGCCGCGGCGGCGGCGGCGGCGGGGCCGGGAGCGAGCGGCGGCGGCGGCGUGGGGAGUGGCGUGGAGCGGAGCCUGGGGCUGCAGCAGCGCGGGGACCCCGGAGUAGAAAGCCCCGGGGACAAGGAAGGAAGGAAGGCCCGGCCGCCAAAUCCCUGAGCAACCGUUCUUCUUGGAUUUUGGGGGAGCCUGCCCCCCCACUUCGUCUUCAAACACCCCCAACUCACCCCCCACAGCCCCGGCCGCUGACGGGAGGAGGCGGCGGCGGCAGCGGGGGGCUGAGGGGCGCCGCCAUGCCUCUCCCGCGGUGAAGCACCCCGGCCGUGAGGAGCCGCUGGUCUCCCCGGUGAUGUCCCCCAGGCGGCAGGCGAAAGCGACUCACUCGAGCCCUGGGCGAUGGCAGAGGAACAACAACAGCCGCCACCACAGCAGCCUGAUGCCCAUCAGCAGCUUCCCCCCAGCGCCCCCAACUCGGGGGUGGCCCUGCCAGCCCUUGUGCCCGGGCUGCCAGGGACAGAGGCCAGCGCGCUGCAACACAAGAUCAAGAACUCCAUCUGCAAAACCGUACAAUCUAAAGUGGACUGCAUUUUGCAAGAAGUUGAGAAGUUUACAGACCUAGAGAAACUCUACCUCUACCUUCAGCUGCCUUCUGGUCUCAGCAAUGGAGAGAAAAGUGAUCAGAAUGCCAUGUCAUCUAGUCGGGCACAACAAAUGCAUGCCUUUUCCUGGAUUCGGAAUACCCUAGAGGAACAUCCGGAGACUUCACUGCCCAAGCAGGAAGUCUAUGAUGAGUACAAGAGCUAUUGUGACAAUCUUGGUUACCAUCCAUUAAGUGCUGCUGAUUUUGGAAAGAUCAUGAAAAACGUCUUUCCAAACAUGAAGGCACGUCGUUUGGGCACGAGAGGCAAAUCUAAAUAUUGCUACAGUGGACUAAGAAAAAAAGCUUUUGUUCAUAUGCCAACACUGCCCAACCUUGACUUUCACAAAACUGGAGAUGGGUUGGAAGGAGCUGAACCUUCUGGGCAGCUUCAAAAUAUUGAUGAAGAAGUUAUCUCUUCUGCUUGCCGUCUUGUGUGUGAGUGGGCCCAGAAAGUGUUAAGCCAACCAUUUGACACUGUCUUGGAAUUAGCCCGCUUCCUUGUAAAAAGUCACUAUAUAGGCACCAAGUCAAUGGCAGCUCUAACUGUAAUGGCAGCAGCACCAGCAGGAAUUAAAGGAAUUACCCAGCCUUCUGCUUUUAUACCGACAGCUGAAAGUAAUUCCUUUCAGCCUCAGGUGAAGACUUUGCCAUCUCCAAUUGAUGCUAAACAGCAGUUGCAACGGAAAAUCCAGAAGAAGCAGCAAGAACAGAAACUACAAUCCCCUUUGCCAGGAGAAUCCGCAGCAAAAAAAUCAGAAAGUGCUACAAGCAAUGGAGUAACGAAUCUUCCUAAUGGAAAUCCUUCAAUCCUUUCUCCUCAACCUAUUGGUAUCGUUGUGGCAGCUGUCCCUAGUCCCAUUCCGGUCCAGCGGACUAGGCAAUUGGUAACUUCACCGAGUCCAAUGAGUUCUUCUGACGGCAAAGUUCUUCCCCUCAAUGUACAGGUGGUCACUCAGCACAUGCAGUCUGUGAAACAGGCACCAAAGACUCCCCAGAACGUUCCAGCCAGUCCUGGUGGGGAUCGUUCUGCCCGGCACCGUUACCCUCAGAUCUUACCCAAACCAGCCAACACCAGUGCACUCACCAUUCGCUCUCCAACUACUGUCCUCUUUACUAGUAGUCCCAUCAAAACUGCUGUUGUACCCGCUUCACACGUGAGUUCUCUAAAUGUGGUGAAAAUGACAACAAUAUCCCUCACACCCAGCAACAGUAACACCCCUCUUAAACAUUCUGCCUCAGUCAGCAGUGCUACAGGAACGACAGAAGAAUCAAGGAGUGUUCCACAGAUCAAGAAUGGUUCUGUCGUGUCACUUCAGUCUCCUGGGUCCAGAACCAGCAGUGCGGGGGGAACAUCUGCUGUGGAAGUCAAAGUGGAACCCGAAACAUCAUCAGAUGAGCAUCCUGUACAGUGCCAAGAGAACUCUGAUGAGGCUAAAGCUCCCCAAACACCUAGUGCCCUUUUGGGGCAGAAAAGUAAUACAGACGGAGUACUGCAGAAACCUUCAAAUGAAGGUGUCAUUGAAAUAAAAGCAACUAAGGUCUGUGACCAGAGGACCAAAUGUAAAAGUCGCUGUAAUGAAAUUCUGCCAGGCACAUCAACAGGCAAUAAUCAGAGCACUAUCACUCUAUCAGUUGCUUCUCAGAACUUAACUUUCACCAGCACCAGUUCACCAUCUAAUGGUGACUCAAUCAAUAAAGACCCUAAAUUAUGCACUAAAAGUCCAAGAAAACGACUGUCUUCUACAUUGCAAGAGACCCAGGUGCCUCCUGUAAAGAAACCAAUUGUGGAACAGCUUUCAGCAGCUACCAUAGAAGGGCAGAAACAAGGCAGUGUUAAGAAGGACCAAAAGGUUCCACAUUCAGGGAAAACAGAAGGUUCAACAGCAGGUGCUCAGAUUCCUAGCAAGGUAUCAGUAAAUGUCAGUUCACACAUAGGAGCAAAUCAUCCCUUGAAUUCUUCUACCCUUAUUAUCAGUGAUUCAGCUUUGGAACAGCAAACAACUCCGUCAUCAUCUCCAGAUAUAAAAGUAAAACUUGAAGGAAGUGUCUUUCUCUUGGACAGUGAUUCAAAGUCAGUUGGCAGCUUUAAUCCAAAUGGAUGGCAACAAAUCACUAAGGAUUCUGAGUUGAUAUCUGCCAGCUGUGAACAACAGCAAGCUAUCAGUGUUAUGACAAUUCCUGAGCACUCUGAUAUCAAUGACUUAGAGAAGUCUGUGUGGGAAUUAGAAGGAAUGCCACAGGACACAUAUAGCCAGCAGCUACAUAGCCAGAUACAGGAAUCUUCUUUAAGUCAAAUACAAGCACAUUCUUCAGAUCAGUUACCUCUGCAAUCUGAACUGAAGGAGUUUGAGCCUUCUGUUUCCCAGACAAAUGAAAGCUACUUUCCUUUUGAUGAUGAACUUACACAAGAUAGUAUUGUGGAAGAGCUGGUGCUUAUGGAGCAGCAAAUGUCAAUGAACAAUUCUCAUUCUUACGGCAACUGUUUGGGAAUGACCCUUCAGAGUCAGUCAGUAACUCCAGGAGCUCCAAUGUCAUCUCACACCUCCAGCACCCACUUCUAUCAUCCAAUCCACAGCAAUGGCACUCCAAUCCACACACCCACACCUACACCCACACCCACUCCUACUCCAACCCCAACCCCAACCCCAACAUCUGAAAUGAUUGCGGGAUCUCAGAGUCUAUCACGGGAGAGCCCUUGCUCUAGGCUAGCCCAGACUACACCUGUGGAUAGUGCUUUAGGAAGUAGCCGACAUACACCCAUUGGUACUCCACAUUCUAACUGCAGCAGUAGUGUCCCCCCCAGCCCUGUUGAAUGCAGGAAUCCAUUUGCAUUUACUCCAAUAAGCUCCAGUAUGGCAUAUCAUGAUGCCAGCAUUGUCUCAAGUAGUCCUGUGAAACCGAUGCAAAGACCCAUGGCCACACACCCUGACAAAACCAAGCUUGAAUGGAUGAAUAAUGGGUAUAGUGGGGUUGGUAAUUCAUCAGUUUCUGGCCAUGGUAUUCUCCCAAGCUAUCAGGAACUAGUGGAAGACCGUUUCAGGAAACCUCAUGCUUUUGCUGUGCCUGGACAGUCUUAUCAGUCUCAAUCCAGACAUCAUGACACUCAUUUUGGUCGGUUGACUCCUGUCUCUCCUGUGCAGCAUCAAGGUGCCACUGUAAAUAACACCAACAAACAGGAGGGUUUUGCAGUCCCUGCCCCUCUUGAUAAUAAGGGAACUAAUUCAUCUGCCAGCAGCAACUUCAGAUGCCGGAGUGUGAGCCCUGCUGUUCAUCGCCAACGUAAUCUUAGUGGAAGCACCCUCUAUCCAGUAUCUAAUAUCCCACGAUCUAAUGUGACCCCCUUUGGAAGUCCAGUUACCCCAGAAGUUGUUUUCACAAAUGUUCACACAGAUGCAUGUGCCAACAACAUAGCUCAAAGAAGCCAGUCAGUUCCAUUGACAGUCAUGAUGCAGACAGCCUUCCCAAACGCUCUUCAGAAGCAAGCAAACAGUAAAAAAAUAACCAAUGUUUUGUUGAGUAAACUUGAUUCUGACAAUGAUGAUGCAGUGAGAGGUUUGGGAAUGAACAACCUGCCCUCUAAUUAUACAGCCCGGAUGAAUCUCACUCAGAUUUUGGAACCUUCCACUGUUUUUCCUAGUGCCAACCCACAAAAUAUGAUUGAUUCCAGCACUUCUGUUUAUGAAUUCCAAACACCAUCUUACCUCACCAAAAGUAAUAGCACCGAUCAGAUCAAUUUUUCUCCUGGAGAUAAUCAAGCACAAUCAGAAAUUGGAGAGCAGCAGUUAGAUUUCAAUAGCACUGUUAAAGACCUGUUGAGUGGAGACAGCUUGCAAACCAACCAGCAGCUGGUAGGUCAGGUAGCAUCUGAUCUCACUAAUACUGCAUCUGAUUUCUCUAGUGAUAUCAGGUUGUCUUCUGAGCUCUCAGGCAGCAUCAAUGAUUUGAACACUUUAGACCCAAAUCUACUGUUUGAUCCAGGUCGUCAGCAGGGACAAGAUGAUGAAGCUACACUGGAAGAAUUAAAGAAUGACCCAUUAUUUCAACAAAUUUGCAGUGAAUCCAUGAAUUCUAUGACUUCAUCAGGUUUUGAAUGGAUAGAAAGCAAGGACCAUCCUACUGUUGAAAUGUUGGGUUAAAUUGUGUUUUAUAAUAUGUAGCACACUGUAUCUAAAGACAUAUGUAUUGUAUUUGUCUUAAUGGAAGUGCCUCCCGCAGCAGAAAUACUAUUAAUUGUGACAUUUUAAAAGCGUUUGCUGCAGAAGUGGUUUCUUCAGUAGGAAAUGGUUAGACUUGCCUCAGUUCUUAACAAGUGUCUAAAGACAGUAGGCUGUAGAACAACAAGUAUUAGGUUUUAAAUUUUAUAAUAUGCCCCAUUUAUUCACAUUGAUUGACUAGCCAGCUGUUACAAGAGCAGUCAAUCUUUAUUUUGUAUAAGUUUCAUUUCAUCAGAUGAUCUGCACAGAACUCAGAAUAAACCAUCAAUUUUAGGUAUAGGCUAUUUUGUUGUUGGCAUUAUCUUUUAGAUAUAAAAUCAUAGCUAAGGUGAACUGUAGACAAGAAAGUCUUCCUUGAAACAGGGACAAUAUUCAGGUUAUUAUAAAAUAUUUAGGCUUGAAGCAUAGAGCUACUGUAGGAUGAAAAAUCUCUGUAGGACUUUCUGGGGCUUCAGUACCAUUUACACCCACGAUGAAGGGCUUAAAUAGAAAAUAAUGGAAAAUUAAAUAUUACUUUAAGGAAAGCAAAGCUGCACUAAAAUUUUUAAGAGAAAAAAACAAGUAGCCAUUUAUAUUUGUGACCUUGCAUUAUUUUUAAAUGUUGAUUUUAAUAUGGAGCUAGCACACAUAGAUGCGCAGGCACGCACACACAAAACAAGUAAAUGUAACUCCAGGCAUUUGUAAUUUAAUAUAAUAAAUACAAGCAUGUUAGAAAAAUGCUUUAUGUUUUAUUAUUUGUUAGUUAGGGGAAUGAGAAGGAAAACAAAAGCAUUCUCUUAGUUUCAUCACAAUGGCUGCAUGUACAUACUGAGAUUCUAAUUGAGAUUUACUUUGAAAUUUUUCGUUAAAAUAUUCCACCAUAAUCAGUUUUUUUCCUCUUCAACUGAGUGACUCCCUCACUCCUGAAUAUAGUAAUGUAGUUUGAUCAUAGGAUCUCUUUGAAAAACAGGAAGGAGGAUAACAUAAAAAACAACAAAAAACAUUUCACCACCUAAGGUCUGAAGCCACAAAUCUUUAUAUCUCUGAUGAAACAAAGGGGAUAUCAACAGUACUUGAAGAAGAGGAGCAUUUUAUUACUUGCUUAAUUUAUUUAUUGUGAUAACCACAAUUGCAAAAUAAGAACUCAGGAUUUGUUUUAAAAUGUUUCUCUCUAUGGCUCCCAUUUUGUUUUGUGAAUAAUUAUUUAUGAGUUGCAUGCUGACACAAACCUACUCACUGGUUGAAAGCUCCAUUUAAGUGAGUUUCAAGAUCACUUUCAAAGAGAUUGUUAAAUUGCCAUUGUUUUUAAAGCUAAGGUAAAACCAUUUGCUAUGCUACCUUGAACCUAGCUAAGCUUUCCUUUACCUUAGUAAGCCAAUCAGAAGACUACAAUCAAUGAAUAUUUAGCAAAUGUGCUGAAGGGUUUAAUAAGGUUUUGUUGUUCAAUAAAUUUGCAAGGUAGGGUAUUAACAUAUUUUGAUAAAAAAUGGUGCUAGAGUUGGCGCAGAGGUUUAUAUAUUGAUAUGUCUUAGUUACUGGCAUUUGUGUGUGUUUGUUUGCUGUUAUCUUGAUUUCAUGAUUUGUUAGGCAUUUUUUUCUUGAUGCUAGUUAUUUCUUCACUGUACAUUGAGACACAGCACUACUGCACACCAAAGUAUGCAAUACCCAAAGGAAACUGUGUGAUUUCUUCUAACAAAUGAUGGGAGCCUUUCUUUAUGAGAUACUCUGAAAAGGAGAUUUUGAGGCCAUUCUAAUCCCUUGUUUACAUUAUUAGCUUCCUACUAAUAUAAAAAUAAUGGAAAUCUUUUUUGAUAAAAAUAUUAAGACUGGAGGAUUUUUAACCCCUUGUACAGUAUUGCAGCAAACUCUUUAAAUUUGGUUGAAUUCGUCCAGCAAACUUUCUGGGGUUCAUAUAUUGCACUAAAUUUGUUGAACCUGUGGUAGGCACAUCUCUUAGGAUAAAUGCAACCAAUACAGUCCACAGAUUAAACUUUUUAAAUGUGUUUCAUUAUGAAAAGACAAAAUGUCAUCAAAGUGACAGAUAAAAUUGUCUUAUGUAGCAAUGUGCAUUGAUCUCAAUGAGAUAUUUCUAUUAUUCUCUUACAUGAGAAUAUUACAGCAGGAAGAAUUAAGUUUAGUUUGCUUCACCAUGUUAAUACAUGAUCACAAAAUGUGCAUGAGUGUUACUGACUUAUCUUGUACAGUACUAGGAUUCCUGUAACCACUCUUUUUUUUUUCUUCGCUGUAUUGAAACUGGUUCAGUGUUAACCAGGCAAACAUAGUUAUUCACAGGUUAUUUACUUUAUGUUUACUAAUUCUGCUUAGUUAUUGUUGAAUAUGUUCUGUUCCAGAUUAUUUUUAUUGUUUUGAUGUUUAAAACAUUUUGCAUACUGUUUAUCAUAAGACUUCAUGAAGUAAAUAAUUUUGCAUAUAAUUGCAAUAAGCACUGACUUUUGAACUGAAAAGAAGGAAAGUGUUUUUUGUGCAGUGCAUCUGAGGUUCAUAUAAUAGUCUUGUACUAUAAUGUGCUUUACUACACGAUAAAUGACAAAAACAAGCCCUGUUUCAUGUUUCAUUUAGUGCAAAAAGUCAGAUUUCCCCAGUGUUUUGUUGUCUGUUGUACCUGCUGAAACUACAGUAGUUGAAUAUUGCAGUAGCAUUUCAGUUCUCUUUUUUUAUUAAAAGUGCUCAAAAAUUGUUUUUUAAAUGUUUUCAAAAACAAUUAAAAACAUUUUAUAUUAAACUGACUGGAUCUGAAGGUGUUUUAUGGGACAUAUUUUAUAUAGGCAACACAUUUUUUAAACAGACCCAGUGUUAUUCUUCCUUUGAUGUCAUGAACUUUAGGGAGUGAAUAAAAAUCAGCAGAAGGCAGAACAGAGUUGCUGAUCUGCUGUGUGCUAUUAAUCCAGAAGAAUACACAGAUCUUAUUUCACUCAUCAAAACUCUGCUGUUCACUUAGGAUUAUUACCAAUGAAUGGUGCAUGGCACAGAACUUUAUGUUGUCCAAAAAGCCAUCUUUUUCUCUUUCACAUAGUGUUUAUUUUUAAAUGUUAGCCUAUGGAGUACCUAGGUAAGUAUAUUUCUGGAGCUUUGAAUAGAAAAUGAGAAAAAUUUAAAGCAUAGCUGUGUUCAGAAGCAGUAUAGACAUUUCCAAGUACCAGAAAUAACAGACUGAUAAGUGUAAUUUGUAAGCCAGAACCUGGGCUAUCGGUCUGGAAGCAGACCGAAGUAGCCAGAAAUGUCAGCUCCUGCAAAGUAAUGAAACCAGGGUCUUGAAUGGAGUUUCCUUACUCUUGAAACUGAGAAACAACAACCACCAGUGCCUGGGACUGUAAUUUAUAUUGUAGACAGAUCUUGAGUCAAACAGCCUACUCCUCUGUUUACAUAGAUCUUUGUAGAUCUGUGAUAGUUCCACUGUCACCACAGAUCUGGAGCCCUCAGUUUGAACAGGUGGUAGAAGCAAUUACAAAAGGAAAGGAGUGGAGAUUAGGAAGGGAUAGGUAAAGAGCAGGAAGGCUCCCAUGCAAGCUGAGUCUGCAAAUCAAAAUUCAAAAGUACUUGAAGAAAAUGAAACUAAUCCUAAGAAAGGCAAUCACUUGAGAAAAUGAAAGUAAUGAACUACCUAGAUAGUACUAUAAAAUAAGUAUGUUAGGAUCCUCAGUGCUCAAUGACAUGGAAGAGUAAAAUGUCAGAGCAGGCAAACAUAAGAACCAGUGCAUAGAGUCAACCAGUAAGAAAUUCUGGGGGUGAAAAUACUGUAUAACACCUGAGGUGAUUUUGGUUGCAAGUAAUUGAAAACCCAACACUGGCUUAAACCAUAAGGACACUUACUUUUCGCUUAAUAAUGUUGGAGAUAGGAGGUUCAAGGAUUCAUUGAAUGGUUUAUUGUUUACAGGCACUGGAUCCUGUUUUUCUGUGUUUCUGUUCCAUCAUCUUCAGCUUUGCUUUGCUGUGUCUUUUCCCUCAUGGUCACAAGAUGACUGCCACAGCUCAGAUGUUAUACCCUCAUAACAUCCCAAGCAGGAUAGUAAGCAGUUCUCAUAGCCUUUUAUCAGAGAGAAAAAAAGUCUCAGAAUCUUCCAUUAAGCACUCCAUACACACGCUCUAUUAGUCUCAUUGUAUGAGACAAAGGCUCACCCUAAGGCCAAUUACUUAGCUUAGAUCCUUAAUGCGUUACAGGUAAGAGAGGGGCCCAUUUCCUGGAGCAUGUAGUCAUUCAUCUUAAAUGAAUUCCAUCACCUAGGGAAGGUAUUAGGGACUUGCCCUUUGGGAGGCAACCAGUAGCAGUCACUGCAAAAAAUAGCUAGGUAAGAUGUAUAAGAUAUUGUACCCACCUUUAAGGGGCUUACAAUCAUAAAGAGUUAAGUACAUGUUCUUUGUUAAGUGCCAACAAUAUGUAUAAUACACAAUGUAGAAGAAAAGAAUUUGAAAUCUUCUGAACUAAGUAUAAGUUUACUGGUGUUAACUGUUAACUGGUAUCUUGCCUUCCCACUAUGAGCUGAAAAAUCAGGUAUUAUUGAGUAUCAAAUGCAAGUUGCUUCAGCUCCUACAGCAUGAGACCAAACUUUUUAUUUUGUUAAAUCUGAAGUACAGAUUUAUUUUGACAUGCAUUGUUUAAAUGAAUUUUUAAAUAAUUAAAAUUAUAAAUUUAUGGAUGGGAUCACAUCAAUAUUUCACAAUCUGAAAUUUUAAAAAUAUGUAUGCCAGUCCUGUUACUAUAAUCUGCUUAGAAGAACGAACGAAAACAAAAAGACUACAUUUUUCAAGAUUUGAUUUUUAAGAAGUACUUAAUUCUUGGAGAGGAGAAGAUAGUCAUAUAAAUAAAAUGUUAUCAUGAGAGUGAUAUUACUGUGGUAUAUAGAGUAUUUCUUUGCAUUAGACCCAGUGUUAAAUAGUUUGCAUAUAUUCUCAUGUCCUCAUUGUAACAAUUUUUAGCGAAUCUUAUUUUUCAGGUGAGAAAAUUUAAUUCAGAGAUUAACUGGUGGAGGUAACAUAAUAACAGGAAGAGCCAGGAUUAUCUUAAUUUCAAAUCCUACUUCAUUCCAUUAUGCUAUAAAGAUAUGUGUUCACAGUGUACCUACUGCAGUUGUGUGAUCUGGUUGCUGCUUUGAAUUUUUCAUUCUGGUUUUAAAUUUAGAAUUUUGAUUUUUGUGGAGUUCUUUAUUUCUUUUUAACCUCCCAUCCUUACAUGUCAACGAUUCUUUUUCAUUUUUGUUGCUUUUAGAUUUACCUGUAGUUUGUAACUUUCCUCCAAAUUACUUGAAUCCUUUUCCCUCCCUUCUCUCCAUAGAAAUACCCUGAUGUAUUAGGAGAACGAAGAUUUAAUUUUGUUUUCCACACAGCUUUUCAAGCACAUUUCAUAGAGUUAUACUCUAGUCAUAUUUAUAUUUAAAUCACUUAAGAUUUCAUCAAAAUAAAAAUGGGACCUUUUUUAAAGAGAUGAUAAAGUGCCUAAAAUAUGUCAGUCUCUGUACAAGGUGCUAGAGAAGACACCUGCCAUUUUGAAAUUUUGCAAUAUAAUGAAAAAGACACAGUGAAUGUCUUUGCAGGAUUCAAUGAGGUCACUAUAGCAGAGGUGGAUAUUUAUCAGUAGUAUGCAUUCUCCCCUUCUUCCUUACUGUAAAAGUCCUUGAUUUUUAGCUGAGCACACAGCCAUCUGACCAAAAGGCUACAGCUGCCAACUUCCCUUGCAGUUAGGUGGAGACAUUUACCAAGUACUCAAAGAGAUGUAACCAAAAGGUUUGGGUGCUACUUCUUUUGCAGUGUUCUUGUCCUUCCUCUCUGCUGGCUGGAAUGCAAAUGUGAUGGCUAUAACUCAAGCAGCCCUCCUGGACUUCAUGUUAAAGACAUGCUGAGUAUGACUGAGCAACAAGAUACAAGGAGCCCAAGGCCUGAUGACUUUGGGAGGGAAGCUGCCCAAGUAGUCCUGAAUGCUUACCUCUGGAUGUGUUUUACAUGACAGAAAUAAAUUUCUUUCUGGUUUAACUCACA